GAGACUCGGCGUGGGACUUCACUCACACGCGUGCUGCUCGUAGGCGCGCAACGGGAAGAUGGCGGACGCAGAAAUUACUCCUGCUAAGAAAGAGAAGAAGAAGAAGGCGAAGAAAAUUUCAGAUGAUGAAAUUGGGGAAAUCCAAGAAACUGGAGAUUUCCUCAUCAAACCCGAGUCCAAGGUUGCCAAGCUUGACACAUCACAAUGGCCUUUGCUACUCAAGAACUUUGACAAGUUGAACAUAAGGACGGCGCAUUACACACCUCUGCCUCAUGGCUCAAAUCCACUGAAGAGAAACAUUCAUGACUACGUCCGAUCUGGCUUUGUUAAUCUGGACAAACCAGCUAACCCUUCCUCUCAUGAAGUGGUGGCCUGGAUCAAGCGGAUCCUGCGCGUGGAGAAGACUGGCCACAGCGGCACCCUGGACCCAAAAGUCACAGGGUGUCUGAUCGUGUGUAUCGACCGAGCAACGCGACUUGUCAAAUCCCAACAGAGCGCUGGCAAAGAGUAUGUGGGAAUAGUACGGCUGCACAAUGCAAUAGAAAAUGAGCAUCAGCUUGCAAGGGCUCUGGAAUGUCUCACCGGAGCCCUGUUUCAGAGGCCUCCUCUCAUAGCUGCUGUGAAGCGGCAGCUGCGAGUGAGGACCAUCUAUGAAAGCAAGCUGAUUGAGUAUGAUCCAGAGAGAAGACUUGGUAUCUUCUGGGUGAGCUGUGAGGCAGGUACAUAUAUCAGAACACUGUGUGUUCACCUGGGGCUGCUGUUGGGAGUAGGUGGCCAGAUGCAGGAGCUCAGGAGGGUCCGCUCUGGAGUGCUGGGUGAGAAGGACUGCAUGGUGACUAUGCACGACUUGUUAGAUGCCCAAUGGCAGUUUGACCACAACAAGGAUGAGAGCUACUUGAGGAGGGUCAUCUAUCCUUUGGAGAAGCUGCUCGUCUCCCACAAGAGGAUUGUUAUGAAGGACAGUGCAGUGAACGCUAUCUGUUAUGGUGCUAAGAUCAUGUUGCCCGGUGUUUUGCGGUAUGAAGAUGGCAUCGAAUUGAACCAAGACAUUGUCGUCAUUACAACUAAAGGAGAGGCUAUUUGCACAGCUGUAGCCCUGAUGACAACAGCGGUCAUCUCUACAUGUGACCACGGUGUGGUAGCCAAGAUCAAGAGGGUCAUCAUGGAAAGAGACACAUACCCACGCAAGUGGGGUUUAGGGCCCAAGGCCAGUCAAAAGAAAAUGAUGAUCCAGAAAGGACUGCUUGACAAACAUGGCAAGCCAAAUGGCAGCACCCCAGCAGAGUGGAAGGAGAGCUAUGUAGACUACAGCAGCAAAUCCAAGACUGAAGCAGCAGCUCAAGAUGUUGAAGCCACUCAGGCAGGAGCAAAGAGGAAACGGGAUGAGAGUGGAAGCGAGGGUGAAGCUGUGCCCACGACCCCCAAGACAGAUGACGAAAUCAAGAAAGAAAAAAAGAAAAAGAAGAAAGAGAAGAAAAUGAAGCUAGCACAGGAAGCAGCAGCUGAAGCUAUGGAGGAAGCACCAGCUGCUGCGGAAGCUGAGGUCACAGAGAGUGCUAAGAAGAAGAAAAAGAAAAAGAAGGCGAAAGAAGCGGAGGCUGAUUCAGACUGAACACACAAACUCAUCCAACAGACUUUUCAGAACCCUCGACGAAAGUGAGGGAGAGGACUUGGAGACUCUAACUGCGCCGUGAAGAGACCUCAUGAGAUCCGCCCAAAUGGGACCGUACUCCUUUUACCCUCCUUCACAUAAUCAUCUUUGUAUGUCAGUGUGGCUGUCAAUCAUUUGAUGGUUGAACUAUUUUUAAGGACAGGUUUGAUGCAUAUGAACUGAAUCUCAGUAUUCCACAUGUAUCCUGACACACAUUUUGAUUGGAGUUAUUUACGACUUCUGUUUCCAUCAGAAAGCUUUGGAAGAAGGAAACAGCUGCAGACAUAUCUAAAAAUGUAGUAAUUUGACAUGUUAUAACCAAGCCUCCAAAAAAGUGAUCCAGCCCCAACACAAUGUGAAUUAAUGUGCUUACAUAAUUGCCAAGCUUUAGGACAGAUCUAACGCUUGGAAAUUCAGUAUUUGAGGUUCACAGAUAUAAGAAAUUAACGGUUGGAUGGCUAUCCUAUUCCCCCUUUCCCACCCCACCCUUUUCCUUUUCUUUUCUACACAAACCCUUAUUUUUGGGGUAUUUGCGUGUGUGUGGGGAAAAAAUGUAAUGCUAUUUUAUUUUGUAUUGUGUAUAUAACAGAGGAUCAAAUUGUAAUCCUAAAGCAAUGAUGAGCAAACAAGAUUUCUUUUUUUCUACUCGUGUUUGUCUGUUGUUCCAAGAUAUUCUAAUAGUUCAUUGUACAGGUGAUAUAAUCGAGGAAGAAGUCAGGUUUGCCAGUGUCAGAUGUUUUAUUUAAUUCAUUUCAAAAGUGCCAUACCUGAUGAGCUACAUCAUGAUAAAGUACUGACAAGUCACCUUAAGUCUGGACAACAGCUUCCCUGUUCAAUACAGUACAUGUAAACGUUACAUUGGGAGUUCCAUGGCACUUCCUAUUAGAAUAAUACAAAACCAAAGCCAGCUCAAGGUCAACUGAAAGAUCAAACCUUUUAAAACCAGAAUGGUGUUUGUCACAGUAGUGGUCCUUUUUGCAUUGCUAACUUAUCCUACACAUUUUGCCUGAUGUUUGACUGGCACUUCAUAAACUGGUGAAACUCAAUUCAUCCACAUCGGAUAAAC